AUGUCAAAUCGACUCACAUAUUUUGACUGUGUGACCCAGAAAUUGUUUUGCAUGAUGAAUCACUUAUGGCUCUACUUUUCAGCUUGUGGGUUAAUCUUCUACACUCUCUACAUCAUCUACGGCAGCUUUGUGUUCAUCGUUCUCAUUUUCUGCUCUGCUCUUGGUUUCCUCUAUCACAUCCAAGACAGCCUGCUCUACCAGCCUAACGUCCCAACUGAGUCUCGACUCUUUGUCGAUAAUCCAAGUAGAUUUGGUCUUCCCUACGAAAACAUUCACCUUCACACUGCAGAUGGCCUUGAACUUCACGCAUAUUUAAUUAAACAGCCAGCCCCACAGUCCCACAAUGCUUAUACUGUUGUUUUCUUGCACGGCAAUGCUGGAAAUAUUGGCCACAGAUUGUACAACAUACACCACAUGUACCUGUACUGUGGGGUUAAUGUACUGAUGCCAGAAUACCGGGGGUACGGGCUGAGCCAGGGUACCCCAUCAGAAAGUGGCCUUUAUAUAGAUGCUCAAACAGCGGUUGACUACAUCCUGACUCGAUCGGAUUUAAACCACAGCAAAAUCAUCAUCUUUGGCCGAUCUCUAGGCGGCGCUGUCGCCAUAAACGCUGCUGCUAGCACAUCCCUACACUUAGGGGUCCAACCAGCCAGUUUAAUAGUCGAAAAUACUUUCACUAAUAUUAGAGAUAUGGGAAAGGUGUUGACUGGAUUAUCAAUCAUCGAUCACUGUCCGACAUUUCUGAUUAAAAAUAAUUUUCCAUCUGUUGAAGCUAUUCAGCAUGUAAAAGUACCGACGCUAUUCAUAUGUGGCCUCAAAGAUGAAUUGGUGCCUCCUGAUAUGAUGAGGCAGCUUUUCGAGAAGUCUGGCAGCUUACUGAAGCGAAUGUUUCUUGUUCCUAACGGGACCCACAAUGAGUGCUGGAGGUUUCCUGGCUACUAUGACCAGAUUAACUCUUUCUUUAAAGAAGUCCAUUAG